AUGGAGCAGAGGAGGUUCCGAUGUUGGGAGAGAAAACUGAAAAGUAAUGCUCACAAAAUAUUCAAAGGUAUCGUCGGAAUUUUGAGCUUUCCAUUAGCAUAUCCAAGGGCAUUGAAAAUUGGAAUCAAGGCGUUGUUCGCUUUGUGCUUGGUGAAGCAGCACCGGCACAAAGCGCUGACGGCGGGAGCUGUGGAGUCGCUGAUUGACCGCUUGGCGGAAUUCGAAAAAUGUGAUUCCAAGAGAGCACUUGCUUCAGUCGAAUUGCUCUGUCGGAUUCCUUCUGGUAGCGCGGAUUUCGCUGCCCACUCGUUCACAGUAGUACCUAUUUUGGUAAAGAUCAUUCUAAAAAUCUCAGACCGUGCAACUGAGUAUGCCGCUGGAGCAUUGCUUUCACUCUGCUCCGCCUCUGAACUGACUCAGCGUGAAACCUUGGCCACCGGCUUGUUGACUAAACUGCUAUUGCUUGUUCAGAGUGAUUGUACAUAG